UGAGAUAGAGUGUCCAUCUACCUAUCCUCUAUUUCCUAACAAGUUUCCAUGAACCAAUUCUCGAUGUCCACUCCAAUUAGUUGUAGUAGUAGGAUUUUGAUUUUAGUUUUGUUGGCAAUUUCUCUUACAUAUGGAAAUGCAAGAAGUCUAUCCAAAGAAGAAUACAUGGAAUUGAAGGCAAAGCUCAAGGUUCUUAAUAAGCCUGCUGUCAAGGGCAUUCAGACUCAACAUGGUGAUAUCGACUGUGUGGACAUGUAUAAGCAGCCUGCUUUCGAUCAUCCUUUACUGAAGAAUCACACAAUCCAGAUGAGGCCCACUUCCUAUCCAGAGGGGAUGGGAAAUCAAGACCCUUCAAAUGCCAAUCUAGAGAUUGGGCUUAAAGAUGGUGGGUGUCCACUUGGGACCGUACCCAUUCCACGGACUAAAAUACAAGAGUUAAUGAGUGCAAAGUCUAUCUCUCAUUUUGGCAGAAAAAAUCUGGAAAAUAGACGACUAUACUCCACAGCUGGUCAUCAUGUAAGUACUUUUUUUUUUUUUUGGUGGAUUUAUGCAGACACGUGCAGGAUCCAAGCCGUUCAUCAGGAUCCAAAAGGUAUCAUUUUCAUUUAGUGCUCUAUUGGGAAACAUGCACAGCCCAGCCAACUCAUCUGUGUCGUACAUUAGGUCUAACAAUCUGAACAAUAGCCCUACAAAAUGUAUAUUCAAAACCAUUUUAGAAAAAUAGGCCUAAUCUACAAAUUGUGCUGCGUAUUUUUUGCGGUCCAUCAUGAAUUUUCUAUGGCUCUAAGCAAUCACUUUUAUUGAAAGAUCUUAAUUAUCAGAUAUAUGGCUUGUAAAAUGGAUGGCUAUAAGAAAUAAUCCUAAUUCAUGGAUCACUGAUGUUCAAACGGAAGCAAAUGUGCAAAUGUCACAAUUUACUUGGAUCGCUAUAAGUAACGGUAAUAGUAUCGGCUCAUUUUUCUUCUGGAAGAAAAGAAAAAGGAGCAUACUCUUAUUAGAUGAUGUAUGUAAUACUAAUCCACUUGUC